AUGGAUGAAUUAGAUAUUGAAUCGUGCUCAAGCUCACAUUCAUCUUCAUCAUUACGAGGUUUGAAUCUAAUCUGUUCAACUAAUCACAUAGAUCGAAGACCAUCUGAUUCAUCGAAUAGUUCUGAAACUUCCAUUUCACCAGCACCAUCUAAUAUCAAUUCAAAUAGACGGACAUCCAUACAUGAAAGUAUUCGAGAUGAUAUGUUUUGGGAAAAACGACGCCACAACAACGACAUCACAAAGAAGUCACGUGAGAGGCGUCGUAUGAAUGAUAUGAUUAUGGAACAAAAGCUACUCGAAUUAACUAAAGAAAAUAAUCUGCUAAGGAGUCGAUUGAAACAACAACAGCAGCAACAAAAACAACAACAACAACAACAACAACAACAACAACAACAACAACAACAACAACAACAGCAGCAAGAACAACAAACUUUGCGCUUGGUAACAUCUGCCGCUCAUGAUACUGUCAUUGUAUCAACAGCGCAAAGAAAGAAUAAUAUUGAUGUAAUGAUACCAACGGUACCAUCGCUACCAGUUUCAUCGGUGACAACUCUUGCAGCUAAUCUGGCUAAUGUCAUUGGACCACCAUCAAAAUUACCAGCAAUGUUUCCUACACAUUUAUUUACUGCCACACCUUUACUUACUACAUCAUCCGGUUCUAUUCCAUCACCAAUUUUUCCAUCAUCUGCAACUGCUCCAACAUCACUGUUAACACCUGCAGGUGCUAAUGCUACAUCACAAGUGUCUGCAUCUGCAGCACAACAACUUCCUGCAUUACAAAUAUGCACUCUUCAAGCUGCACUACAACAAGUACAACAGAAUUAUUGUUCAUCAUCUGGACCAACCACAAUUUCUUCUGGACAUGGUGCUUUUCAACCAUUUCAUAGUUCACGUGAUCCAACAAGUUCCACGCAAAGUUACAGUCCUGAUUCUUCAACAGUCGAUAUUGCACCAUUAGAUUACUCAAUGCACGGUACUACUCAUAAAGAAACGUCAUCUGACUCAUCAUCACAUAUUCUACGGUAUGAAUUAUUGGAACGACAACCGGAUUUAUCAACAGAAACUGAAACGGAACAGCAAAUAUCGAACGAUACUUUAGCACAAUCAUCAUCUUCUUCAGAUAAAGCCAGAGAAAGUGAUACGGAUGAUAAGCCACGAUCUUUGCUUGGCUCAUUACUUUCCACUAAACGAACCUCACCAUUAGUCGCACAAAGUCGAACCGACACUCAUUCCGGUCUCAACAAUUCAUCACCCAAAGAUAAUGAUUUGAAAAACUGUUUGAGUAGUUUGGCAGUAAAUUUGAGUACCGCCUUAACAGUACCAGGAACACGAACUGUGAUAUCCGAUGUAUCAUCUAAGCCGGACGCAGUGUAUUCCGGUAAAACAAUUAAAAGUGAUAGUAGUGAUAGUAUGGAAUCACCAACCAGUAAUAAUAGUACAACUGAUUCAAUGAGAUCACAACUUAGUCCAGCACCAAAACAUUCCGCAAUUGUUAAAGCUUUACGCUCGCGACCAUCUAGCAAGCAACAGUACAUUGAUCGUCGACGGCGUAAUAAUGAAGCAGCAAAACGAUGUCGCGCAAAUCGUCGCGCUCAAUUUGAAUAUCGUAGCAAACGAGCGCAACAAUUGGAAGCGGAAAAUGAUGAACUUCGACGUGAAAUGAAUCGUUUAAAUCAAGAAUUGGAACAACUUAAAGCAUUACAUGCAGCUAAAAAUGCUAACAUUCUUUAA